GUGACAAAGAUGAAGAACAAAACAUAGAGGAUACAGACCUUAUGGACUGGAAUUCGAUCUUCGAGAUUGGCUUCAUCUUUUGUUUCUGUUCCUUCAGCUUUAUGGUGGUGUGUUGACAGCGGUUUGCCUGCAAUUUUUUGUGACUGGGAGAGGAGGUAUCUUUGCAGUCAUAGGACCAGACUGACGUGUAAGCAUCCAUGGAGGCUGAUAUUAUACAAGCAUCGAGCAAGGAAAAUAAUGGAGGUGAUGAGAACAUUCCAAUUGACAAGAUUGGGUCAGUAGGUGGGGAAGUAGUAGGUGAGGGUGAAAAUUCUAAGGCUGUUGAAAUGGGUGAGGAAUUAGAUGACGAAACCGAAGAUGAGGUGGUAGAUGAAGUAGAAAAGGAAUCAUAUGUAGAUGCAGGUAGUAAUGAGGGUGGCAAUACUGGUAACGGUGAAGUUACAACACCCAAUCCUACCUCUAGGGUUCCUUAUGUUGGUUUGGAGUUUACCGAUGAGGAUCUGGCCUUCCAGUUCUAUGAUGAGUAUGCGAGGUUGACGGGCUUUGGUAUUAGGAAGCAGAAGCUAUACCGGUCAAGAACAAAGAAGAUUGAUGGUAAAGGGGAGCUCCUAUCACGGUUGUAUGUGUGCCACAAAGCAGGUUUUAAGCAGAAGAACGACAAACGACAGAGAGGCAAAGUAGUGAAGCAAAGACCGGAGGUUAGAGUUGGAUGUGAGGCACUUAUGCGGAUUAAAGCAAUUCCGAGUGGUUUCGUGGUGGACAAAUUUGUGGAAAGCCACAAUCAUGAACUUGUCCCCGAGGAGGACACAUUCACACUCAGGUCACAUGAAGGAUGUAAUGCUGCUGUGAAGGUAAUGGUCGAGCAUCUCAUUAACGCAGGACUGAACCCAGCCCAAAUAUUUGAUGCCGUAGGGGAGGCCCUUGGUGGGCAUCGUAACGUUGCGGAUAUUACGAAAAAUAGCAGCUUAGUUGUUUUUGAGGACAAUUAUCCAAGCUGUUCAUGUGGUCGAGGGUUGAUGCGACCUGUGCUCAUCACAGUACCCGGUUGGCCCGGUCAAAGACAAAUCUUAGUUUGCCCAAUCACCAGUGAUAAAGGUGUCGCUUGCUCUGAGGUGUUACCUUGGAAUCCUGCAAAAUGGCUCAAGCAUAUCCACGGUGGUAACGACGCAAAGGUGGAUUACUUGCAGACACCGUAAGGUGAUGGUAUGAUAUAUCAACAUCACUAAUGAUUAUCCACAUGUGCUGUUUGGUUUAGGAUGGCUACUGUUAUUACAUGUAAUUGUGAACUUACACUUUGAUGGUGGUGGACUAUUGUAACAAAGCUCGUAACUUAAUAUAGUGUAGCUAUAAUAUAUAUGGUU